AUGUCGUCUCAAGUUUCCUACCCAUCUCUACGCGGCAAGGUCAUUGCAAUUACAGGCGCAGCAUCAGGCAUGGGCCUUGCAACUGCUAAAUUGCUUUACCCUAUGGGAGUCAAGCUCUCCUUAGCUGAUGUUAACAAAGCCGCCUUAGACGAAGCAGCCAACGCUUUGAGAGCGUCCAAUUCAUCCGGUGCCGAUGACAUCAUCACAACCGCCGUCGAUGUCAGCUCUUCAUCUCAAGUCGAUAAUUGGAUCCAAACCACAGUCGACAAGUUCGGCGCUAUCAACGGCGCAGCUAACUACGCCGGCAUCGGCACCCAGGUAACAAAGGUUGUAGACAUGAGUGAUGAAGAAUGGAGGAAAAUACAAGGCGUUAACAAUGACGGCACGUUCUUCUCUGUAAGAGCAGAGCUACGAGCUAUGAUUAAGCAAGGUAGCGGAGGCAGUGUCGUGAAUUUGGCAAGCGUCGCAGGCGUGACCGGUCGCUACUCGUGUGCGGCUUACACAACGAGUAAGCAUGGUGUCGUUGGCUUGACAAAAACUGCUGCCAGAGAAGUGGCGCCUUUGGGAAUCCGAGUUAAUGCCGUUGCACCAGGUGCAAUCGACACGCCAAUGUUGCAAACAUCUGGAACCCCAGAGGCGAUACAGUUCCUGACACAUGCGACUCCUUUGGGGAGAUUAUCACAUGCCGAUGAGGUGGCUCGUUUGGUGAUCUUUUUGCUGAGCGAUGAGAGUAGCUUUGUGACGGGUUCGCUGCAUGUUGCUGAUGGAGGAUUG